CUACGGGGUGUUUGGUCUCCAGGGUUUUGACCCAAGGAAAUUCAUCUAGAGUUCUUCUGUUGAAAGUUCUGCUUCUUCCCCUGCUGCGCCUUUCUAGUAAAGGAAGGAUCUGAAAGACGUACAAGGAUCGCGGGUCGAGAACCAAGUGUAUAUAACUAUGGAAAAUAAAGCAAAUAAUCCUGUACCCAUAGCAGUAGCUGGAUACCCUGGACCACAACCACAGUAUGGAUAUCCUCAAUAUGCUCCUAGAAUGGCUCCAUAUCCUGCUCCACAAGCUUUCCCUGGUGCUCCAGCACAGCCCCCGUAUGCACUUCCUUAUGGAGCUCCAACAACCUAUGGCCAACCUGCCCCCCACGUUAUUUGGAUGCCCGAACCACCUCAUCUUCCAAAUUGUCCUCCUGGAUUGGAAUAUUUAAGUCAGAUUGAUCAAAUAUUAAUCCAUCAGCAAAUUGAACUUCUGGAAAUUAUUACUGGCUUUGAGACUGCUAACAAAUAUGAAAUUAAAAAUGCGAUGGGGCAAAGGGUGUAUUUUGCCGCUGAGGAAAAUGACUGUUGCACUUUGAACUGCUGCGGACCAUCGCGACCAUUUACAAUGAAAAUCAUGGACAAUAUGGGCCGGGAAGUCAUAAACCUCAUGCGACCCCUGCGAUGCUCCAGUUGCUGUUUUCCUUGCUGUUUACAGGAGAUUGAAGUUCAUGCUCCCUUAGGCACACCAGUUGGAUAUGUUAAACAGACUUGGGAUCCUUGUUUGCCAAAAUUUGUAAUCCAGAAUGAAGCCCGGGAAGAUGUACUGAAAAUUGUUGGGCCCUGUGUAGUCUGCAGCUGUUGUUCAGAUAUUGAUUUUGAGGUAUUAUCUUUAGAUGAGAACCAAGUUGGAAGAAUUUCCAAGCAGUGGACUGGUUUCGUGAGGGAGGCUUUUACAGAUGCUGACAACUUUGGAAUCCAGUUUCCAAUGGAUCUUGAUGUGAAAAUGAAAGCUGUUAUGCUUGGAGCUUGCUUCCUUAUAGAUUUCAUGUUUUUUGAACAUACAGGACAAAAUCGGCAACAACGUGCUGGAGUCUGGUAACAGAGUACAAUCUCCAUUGUAAGAAGUUCCAGUGAAGUAGUUUCAUCAUUUUUUUAUUUUCAGUGGAUGUCUCUUAUAAGAGAUUUUCAUUAAACACCCUUUUACUUUUGGCAUUAUACCAUAGCUACUACAUAAGUACAAUUUCAAAUUUCUUCUAAAUUAUGAAGGCUAUUUUAGAAUUAAUAGUUAUGUAUAAUGACAUAUUGAAGUGAUUAUACAUAUUUAUAUUAAAAGUCAGGAAUGACUAGCACAUAUGUGCCAGUGGAACCUUUACCUUUACCUUUACCUAUAUUAAAAGUGAGAACUUACCAUG